AAGUAUACGUUGGGAAGAUAUUUUCCUUUUCUUCUUAGGGUUUCAAAACCUAGGGUUUCGUUUUAUUCAUUUACUUGUGUAAUUAACUGUUGAGAGCAAUUGAUCUCAAUUCCUGUCGUCCUCAUGUUUUCUGGAAUUUUUACUUUUGUUUUUACAAACGCGUUGGACAUUCGAUUUGUGUACUGAAAAAUCUGGAGGGAAAUUGUAAAUGUAUGUUUUUUAGGGUUUGGAGUAAGAAUAUGAGCUACUGUUUGCACAGAUCGAACUGGGCUACAAUGAACUCAUGGGAAUUUCUUUUUAUGGUCCGGUGUAAGCUGUAUAAUAGCUUCAAUUGUUCAUGAGGGACUUGAAGUAUGGUAUGAAAACUUGUGAGCCUGAUAUUCUUUUAGAUGGAAACGUUAAUCAGGUGAAUUUCAAUUGGUAUAUGGAAAACGUAAAAUGGUAUAAGAUUGGGUUUCAUGGAGGAUUGUUAGUAGGAGGAAAAUAAUAGUUAUUUUUUUCAGUUUUAUAUUUCUUGUAGCUGGAGAAAGAGAAAUCUCUAGGAUAAGUUUUAACCUUGGCGGAGUGCUCUUCUGUGUUAUUAUUGUCUAAAGAUGGUAUCCUUCGACCUCGUUAACGUAAAGGUCUAGAACCUUACGCAUCUUACAAAGGGAAAGUUACAGGAGGAAAUAUUAUCAUAAGAAUGAAUUGUUGUUAUCGAUGAACACAAUUUAGUGGUGGAGCUUCGUUGGAAAGGAAGUAUGUUUGGUAGUUGAGCUUCUGGAAACAGCUCGGUAAGUAAUUCUCAGCUCCGAUGCCUUGAAUCACACUACUGGGCUCAUCAUCAACGAAAGGAGGAGUCUUUGAAAAAUUAUUUUUUGGUUAUCGAGAGUGGGUCUGGUAUAAUGUCUUCUAUUCAGGUGCCAGAAUUAUACAGACAAAAUAUAUUGGAGGAGAAGCUUGAAAUUGGGAAGUCUAGGUUAGAACAAACGGAGAAUCAUUGUAGGAAGCAACUGCCCAUGAGCCACAAUCUAGGGGUAUCUGUUAAUGGGGUUGAAAAUCAUCCUCAUCUUGGGCAGGUCGACAUUGAAAGUGGAAAAUGUUUAUCAUCCCAAGAGCAAGAAGGAGUUUCAUUUAAAAGUGGGUCUGGUAUAAUGUCUUCUAUUCAGGUGCCAGAAUUAUACAGACAAAAUAUAUUGCAGGAGGAGCUUGAAAUUGGGAAGUCCAGGAAAGAACAAACGGAGAGUCAUUUUAUGAAGCAACUGUCCAUGAGCCACAAUCUAGGGGUAUCUAUUAAUGGGGAUGAAAUUCAUCCUCAUCUUGGGCAGGUCGAAAUUGAAAGUGGAAAAUGUAUAUCAUCCCAAGAGCAAGAAGAAGUUCCAGUUAAAAGUUCAUCUUGCAAGGCCUUUUCUAUCAGAAGCUAUGUGACAAAUAUUCGAGAAACAGAUAUAAGUAAAUGCUGGCCUUUUCCUCUGCAUUUACUGCAAAGAAGAAUGGGGAAACACACAGUCCCUAUACUUCCCCUUCUUGAAGUUCCUACAUUCAGAUAUUGGCAAUGCUUAGAUUGUCUUGUUAGUGAAUUUAACUUGGAUAGCUUCAAUGAAAUAAAGAAUGAUCAGCAGCAGCUAGAUAACUUGAUGAAUGCCAUGCCUAUAAAUGGUGAUGCAAAAUUUCCAAUUGAACUAUCUGAAAAUGAACAUGAAGAUUCAGGCAAUGACAUGGAGAAUCGUCAUUUGAGUAGAAAGGCAGGUAAUGAUCUAGAGGAAGAUGAAGCAAGAAUUAAAGUGGCAGAGUGUAUGGAAAUAGGUGAAAGAUCAGGGGAUGCCAGUGUUGAAAAUCAUAAAGAAAUUCACCACAGUGAAGAAAGAGUUACAUCGCAUGGCACAGUUAAGGAGUUGACAUUAAAGAAUGUGCCAGAUGGCGAUAAUUUGUAUUCUAAAUAUGAAAUUAUCGCCUGUAAUGCAACUGUGUGGCCAACAGACUCUGAAGAGACUUCCAGUGCAAAACACAGUUUAUCUGGCAAGGAUGAUGAUCAAGUUCUUUCCAAUUGCACGAGUCAAUUAAGAGCUGAAACAAAUAUCUCAAAUUUUACAGAGAAGGAAGACCAUAUUAAUUAUAUGCACUGCACAGUGAACAAAGCAGCUAUGUAUGAGUUAGAUGAAAAUGCCUUUUACGAAGAAAAUUUUGAAAAUAGAACUGAAGAGGAGCCAAUGGAGGCAUUGAUAAGCAGUAUUGAAGGAGAUAAUACAUUAGCAUCAUCCAUUGUGGCCAAUUUGGAUGAGGAAGGCUGUGCUACUGAGGUGGACAAUGAUGGCAUCCCUCCCAUUGUAAAGAAAUACAGUUCAAAAAGACAAAAGGGUAAAGUGAAAUUACUUAAAAAACGCUUAAUAUCAGAUCUUAUUGCUGUUGUUCCAAAUAAACAGUUGAGCUGCAAUGAAGAAAACUGGAAAUCUAAAUUGAAGCAUAUGUCAAGGAGAGGAAAGAUUGAGAUGCUGAAAAUCUCAAAAGCUUCACUACAUAACUCACAAGAAUUCAAGGCUCAAGCUGAACCAAACCUAGAAUUUGUGGAUGAUAAGAGGAAACUACAGUGCCAAGACAUUUCAUGUCAAUCUUUACCACCAGAGAAGUCUGUAAAAGAAGAAAGAAGAGUUAUCAAAAGACGUUUUGGCUCAAAAAAGCUUGGAAGCCCUCAAAAGGAACUGCUUUCAAAGGUUUUUAAAAAGAAAGUACCUGAGGAAGAGCUUGUGCACAAUGGAUUACAGAAAAAACCAGCUUCACAUCUAGAAGAUGAUUUACUCAAUGAUUUGGCACAUUUUAUGGCUAAAAAUCAAUUUGAACGACAUGCAACAGCACCAAGAACUCACAAUCGUAAAAAAACUGGGUUUCUCAAAGAUUCAUUGGCUCAGAAUAAAGAAGCUGAAGAUGGUAAUUGUUUUCUGAUAGAAAAUAAGUCCGAUGAUCCAAUUCAGUUUGACAAUGAUCAGAGUUUGAAGGAUAAGUUGGUAAAAGGGACGGAUGCUUCAACUAAACACGCUGCAGUGGAUGGUGAAGUUCAUCUUCUUAUAGAAGAUUGCAAGAAGAUUAACCAAGUCCAAGAAUCUGGUAAGCAUGAUAAACAGGAGACAUCAGGACAGACUGUGGAAACAGAUGUGAAUCUGGAUGCUGUGGUUGGUAUUUCUUCAAGUUUGAAUCAUCAUGGUUGCAAGAAUACCGAGAAAGUUGAUAAAACCCUUAAAAGAGAUGCAAGUGGUCAGUCAGUCACCACCGGUAAUGACAUCAUGAUAAAAGAUCAGAGAAACAGUGGCUUCGGUACUCUUCAAUCGAAAUCAAUUGUGCAUCCAGGAAAGCUCUUUAAAUCAAAUCAUGAUGAUUCAACUAAGCAUGUCACAGUGGAUAGUGAAACUCGUUUUCUCACAGAAGAUGGCAAGAAGAUUAAUCAAGUACCAGAGUCUGGUAAGCAUGAGAAACAGAAGACAACAGGACAAGAUAAGGAAGAGUACAGUGAUUUCUUUACUCUUCAAAAGAAAUCAAUUGAGCAUCUAGGAAAGCUCUUUAAAUCAGAUUGUGAUGAUUCAGCUAAGCAUGUCACAGUGGAUAGUGAGAUCCAUCUUCUCGUAGAAGAAAGCAAGAAGAUUAAUCAAGUACAACAGUCUGGUAAGCAUGAGAAACAGAAGACAUCAGGACAAGAUAAGGAAGCGCAUGUGGAAGAUACUGUGAUUGGUAUUUCUUCAAGCUCAGAUCAUCAUACUUGCCAGAACACAGAAGCAGUUGAUAGAAACGUGAAAGCCACUUCAAGUUAUCAGUCAGUCUGUGACGAAGGAACUGGUAAUGAUGCUAUUAUAAAAGCUCAGAAAAACAAUGGCUCCUGUAUUUUAAAAAACCAAUCAAUUGAGCAUCUAGGAAAGCCCCUUAAAUCAAAUCAUGAUCAACUGUCUAAUAUUGAGCAAUGCAGUGCUUCUUUGGAUGCUGCAGUUCAUGGCCUUUCAUCGACUAGUUUUGAGGGUCGUGGCAAUGGCUUGGAUGAAUCUGUGCCCUCCAAUGCUUGUAGAGAUGAUAUCCAAAGUCAUAACAAUGGUUCAGAGAAGCCUGUGCCCAAGAAUCCAUGCAAUGAAACUUGUUUAAACACUUUGCAAACAGUUGCAGAGACAAAGAAAACGAAAGUUGGGGACAGGCACAGAAUCACUGUCCCUGCAUUGGGAACAGGCAGACAUUGUACAGAAAACAAAGAAGUCAAGCAGGUCCAACUGGAUGGUAGAACAGCUCCACCAAUUGUACCACCUCUUUUUCAAUUUGAUGCUCCUGGUAAUCCCCUCAAAUCAAAUCAUGAUCAACCAUCUAUUAUUGAGCAAAGUAAUACUUCUUUGGAUGCAUCAAUUUAUGACUUUUCAGCUACUAGUUUUGAAGUUUAUGAUGAUGGAUUGGAUGAAUCUGCACCCCACAACUCUCACAAUGAUGAUCUCCACAAUCAUAACGAUGGCUCAGAACAGGCUGUUCCCAAGAGUACAUGUAAAAACACUUCUUUAAUCACUUCCCAAACUGUUGAAAUGACAAAGAAAACGGAAGUUGGGGACAGGCAGAGAAUUGCUGUGCUUGCAUUAGGUAAGAAUUGUGCACAAAAUAUGGAUGUUAAGCAGGUCCAAGCAGAUAGUGGCAAAGCUGCACCAGUUGUGCUGCCACCUUUUCAGUCUAAUGUUCCUGGAGAGACCUCCAAAUCAAAUGGAAAUCAAAUGUCUCCUAUUGAGCAAAGCAAUGCAUCUUUGGAUGCUUCAUUUCAUGGCUUUUCAGCUACUGGUUUUGAGUGUUACGACGAUGGCUUGGAUCAAUCUGUCCCCUCCAAUUCUUGCAAAGACACUCUCCACAGUCAGAACAUUGACUCGGAACACUCUGUGCCCAAGAGUGCAUGCAAAGACACUUCUUUAAACACUUAUAAUUCUGUUGCAGUAACCACUUCUGCCCAAAUAAAUGCAGCUGUACCAGUCCAACCUGAUUUAUCUCUUCAUUACCAAAGCAGGAUGAUAAAUCCAAAUCUGAUCACAGAUGUUGAAAAUUCAACAAAUUCAAACUUAAAAGCUCCUCAAAUGUACCAUACAGAGAGUUAUCUAAAAGGGAACAGAGAUUAUACUUCAUUUUAUACAGGAUGCAAUCCACUGUUAAGUGGGCCUCAGCCAACCAUAGGAGAGAACUUCAUCACUAACCUAUCGUUGAGCUCAACUGAAAGAGAAUUCAUGUGUGAGGGUUCGAUAGGAAUUGUGAAACAAAGAAAGGGCCAGAUCUGCCAAAAACAGGGAACUUGUGAGACACCGCCUAUUAGAACCUUUCCAGUAUUGAGCAGUAAUGGACAGCAACCACUGAAAUUACUGAAUGGUUUUCCUGAUUUUUCUAUGGAACAUAAGCCAUCAAACGAAAUUGGCUUUCAACCUUCGAUUGAUUGCAAUCUGCCAUGCAAUAUCACAAAUACUACAAGUUUGGGUGCAGACCCAAUGACCAAUGCUGACAAGCAACAGCCUUUAAGAUCACCAAUUAUUUUAAGCUUUUCUCAAGGAAACAAGUUAGAUACACAGACUACACUAUCUCGAGAGUGCUUUGAUCAGAGCAAGUUUGAACUCCUGUCAUACAUAGAAAAGAGAAUUCAACAUUACUGUUCCGGUAAAGCUCCUAAAAGAAUUGCAACUCAAAAGGCUGAAAAAGGCCCUCAGGAUGAAGACUUCCAGAUUGCUGCUUCCCAGGAUCCCAAUUUCUGUAGCAUAAAUAAGAAUGUAGUUGAACAUAUAGGCUUGAAAGAUAGUCUGACAAAGAAAAGGAAAGUUGGGAAUAAGCAGAGAAUCGCUGUGCUUGCAUUGAGUGCAGACAGACAUUCUACACAAAAUAAUGAAGCUAAGCAGGUUCAACCAGAUAGUAGCACAACUCCGGCAAUUGUACUACCUCUUUUUCAAUCUAAAGCUCUGGAAACAGUAAUGAAGAUUUCAGAUGGACAAAGUUGUAGAAGUGAAAUGUUAGUAGAAGGGAGCCAUGGUUAUACCUACCAUCAAUCUAUUUUUCCAGGAGAAAAUAUGAGCACUAUUUUGGAGAACCCAGAUAAACAGAUUCCAAAAAGGCGGAAGAUCAGCAAAGGUAAACAGGCUCAAAUAGAAAGUCAAUCCUUAGAAGUGGCUGCUGUUGCUCUUUCUGAGACAAAUUUCCGAAAAGAAAAAGUAAACUCGCAAUUGAAGGUAACAGUGAGGAACAACAAAUUAUCGGAUUCUGCUUGUCUGAAAAAUAGAAGGCAUACAUAUGGGUCUGUUUUAAGCCAAAAGCACGCAAAUAAAGUAGAAAUAGAAGCGACAAAAACCAACAGGAAACUCAAAGUGCAGUCUCAUUCCAUACAAACUGAGACAUGUGCUAUGGACAAUCACACAAGUCCAGAUGAUAAUCCAUCUGCACAAGAGCUGUCUUCAGUUGCAAACCAGUUUGCAGGUUUCAAGCAUGUGCUGAAACCAAUAGCACAUGAUACUCCGCAAUAUCUUCCUGUUCCACCUGUCCCCUUUAUAGCAGAUAAAAAUGAUGAGGCAGCGGAAGCAAGUCUGAAAUUUUCAAAGAUGAACAUGAUAGAUUCAAAAAAGAAGCUAAAAGUAAAAAGCCAACUCCCCGCGAUACAUAACUCUUAUAACCUUCAAGCUAUAGGCAAUUACAUAAAAUGGGGAAAAUACAGCGUUGAGCUGCCAUCAUCGCAAGCUCAACCUUCAAAAAAUGGUGCAGGCAUGUCAUUUCAGCCUAAAAUAGAUCAAAAUGGGAAUACUAACAUUGGUAUUCCAUACCAUACAAGCAGUGGAAAUAUCAACAUUCUUAAUCCAGUAUGUUCAGGUGUAAGCAUUAUGCCGGGCCUAUUGAAACCAUUGGGAAUGUCCGAACAACAGGCAUUGUUGUGUCAAAUACAGGAGUAUCUUGACAAGCCAAAACUUCAUGUCUCCUCAUUUACUCAUGCAGAUAAGCCACUUUCUACUUCCAUCGAUUCUUCAUCUAACAAAACUUGAUCACUUAGCCUUGAAUUCCCGCCGGAGGUUCAAAAGCAGAGGCGUGAAGGAGUGUCGUUUUCAAGCUCAGGAAGCUAUUAUCACAUGACCAGUUUGAAAAGCUAUAAUCCUCUUAUAGCUCGGAGUAAAUGGAUGAUGGAUGUUUUCCCCAAUUUAUAUAACUACACCGAACAAUCCAAAUUAUAGAAAGGUUUUUCUUGUCGAAAUCUUCGCGAACCCAUUGAACAUGCUGCAAUUUUGAACUGGAUGCAGGUAGCGCCUGGUGGAUAAUUUUGCAUUUUUAAUCCACGGGCAACCAAUUAUUGGAGAGGGAUCUUGUUCAUUGCCACUAAUUGUUUGUCGGCGAAUUGGGUACCCAGCAUUUUUAAAAUUUUAUUUUGUUUAACCCAUUUAAAUCCUAUUGUUCCAAACUAACCCCUGUGCCAACUGAUCGAAGGUGGACAGCUGAAGAACCUUCACUUAAGUUGAAACCAACUUACUUGAGCCCUUUGCAAUGUCCUCACUAUUUUUUGAUUGCAGAGAAAAACGAAAUUCUCUCUAAUCGAUUGAAACUGAUUGCAAUGGAUUUAUAAUUUUAAUUUAGUGCAGGCAAUUGCUAUUUGCUGCAAUUUGUUUAUUCACUUCGAAUUGUUUUUUUCGGGGGUUCCUUUACCUCUCCAGAAGGCUCUGUCGUGAUUACAAUAAUUCUCAGUUUUCUGAGAUGGGCUAUUUCGACUUCGGAACUUGAUGAUGUUUCCUGUUUUUUUUAAAUAUAA